GAGAGUGGCGGCAGCGGUGGCGGCGGGGUGAGUGCGGCCGAGGGUCGGGAGCCUGGAACCGAAGGUGGGCGCUCCGAUGGCAAUGCACAGGAAAACGGACGUUAAAAUAUUCUACCACAUGCCCAUAUACUAGGGCAGUUUACAGUGGACAUGGUCACAAGGAGAUCAUGCAAACUCCACACAGACAGCCGUACCGAUCAGGAUUGAACCCAGCUUGCUGGAGCCGUGAGACAGCAGCUUGACUCACUGCAUUACUCCCCUCACAGAGGGUAAGUGGUUAGCACAGAUUGUCACUGAAGUAGCGGACCGAUAACACUCAGGACAACAUGCGGAAGAGUGGGGUAGCGAGUCUGGUCUGUGAACUUGCACUAAGAUUGUUCCUGUUUGGGAUAUUCCUGAUUUCUGAGACAAUGACUCCAUUCCACCGAAUUAUUCAUCCAGAGGAGAUGUGGCUGUACAAACACCCUCGGAGUGAGAGGGACACGGUUCCUACUUGGCACAUGUUUGCCAUUUCCUUCUUGACACCAUUGAUGGCAAUACUUCUGAUGAAGGUGCUGAAUAGAACAGAAGGUGGCGAUGUGAAGGAAGGCUUUUUGGCGGCAUCUCUGAGUCUGGUUUUGAAUGGAGUGAUCACAAACACUGUUAAACUGGUGAUUGGAAGGCCUCGGCCAGAUUACUUCUAUCGUUGUUUUCCGGACGGAGUGGUGACAGAGGACAUGCAGUGCACAGGCGACCCUGCUGCGAUACUGGAGGGAAGGAAGAGUUUCCCUAGUGGCCAUUCUUCAUUUGCUUUUGCUGGUCUUGGUUUCACUGCCUUCUACUUGGGAGGAAAACUCCACUGCUUUGCCUCAGGGGGACGAGGAAAAGGCUGGAGGCUGUGUGUGAUGCUAAUGCCACUCUAUGUUGCAGCCGUUGUUGCGCUAUCACGUGUCUGCGACUACAAGCACCACUGGCAAGAUGUACUGUGUGGUUCCCUGAUCGGAUUGACUCUAGCCUACACCUGCUACCGUCAGCACUAUCCAUGUCUGUCAGACCCUGAAUGCCACAAACCUUACUCAAAGACCAAUCUCUCGGCCACACAAGAGCGCAAGCUUGCAAACCCUGGUUUCAAGCUGGAUGUAUAGUGAGCUGCCGGCAGUCGGGCCACUCCAACUUAUUCCUUGCCAUGUACACUUGCUUUCCAUUUACUUUAGGCAAUAUUUGCACAUAUUCAUGAUGGGAUCUUUUGCAACACCGUAAUAGUGCAGAUGCAUACACAGCCCCGACAAGAAGUGCAAAACAGGGGAAUUAAAUGGACCAGCAAGAGACGAGAGCAUUGCAAAUUUUAUUGUUUCAUGAAGUUAAAAUGGUUGAUUUUAUUAACUUUUUUUUAAAUAAACCUUUUUAUUUUUAACCAAAAAUACACCAAUAAAAUCUAGAUGGUGUGAAGGCAAUAGUUCAACAUGGUUGUAACAAGUAAAUGCAUUUCAAAAUCUUAGGCAGCUCCCCUUCCAAAGGUGCUGACGUUUAUGGUAUAAUUUCUUAAUGAACUGACUUGUUUGAUGUGAUUAAUCACUGGGAACAAAUGGUUGCGUCAGUCUGCUCCAUUCAAACUCAUUGAAUGGUUGAUAUAAAAUUUCACAGUAAAACUGUUGAAUAUGCGAGGCAUGUCACAAUUUACAUUAUGGAAUGUGCUUGCCUGUCAGGCGAUUUCUUUAUUUUUGUCAAAAGGGGAAGUAUGCAGUCUUCUACAGUUUUGGGACAAAGCUGAAUUUCCAGGUUUGGUAUCAUAAAAGCUUAGAACAGCAGAGCUGCCUGUGCAUGAGCAUCGUGCAGCAGAGUCACAUUUGUGCUGUUGCAGUGACAUUCUAUUCCAAUUGUUCUGUCACUUCGACAAGCAGGCCACUGCCAGUAACUCCGACAGGCUGCAUCCAUCCUCUUGGAUUGGUAUAGAGUUACCAAUGUCUCUUGCCCUUGAUAUAACUUCAUUUUUUUUUUUGGCAUGUUGAAUCUUUUUUGCUGCUAAAUAGUUCGCUUACUUUAAAGUGCGAUUGAAGCGCAUAAAACUGAGCUCGGAGAAGGGUUAUUUGUAUCUGGUGCGAUUUAAUAUCAAAUCUCAGCUUAAGUGACCUGUGUCCAGUUUGACUAAUUCUAGACUUUAUUGAUAAUUGCAUUUAAACUUGUCAGCCAAUAUUUCCUAGUCUUUGGAAUUGCAUCCAUCUGUCCACAGACAUGUUACAAGAUUUGAAAAGAUUUCCUGCAUUUUGUUUACACAAAUUUAAUUUGCAGCAGAUAUUGAGGGGAUAGCAGAGCUACUAUUGACCUUGGAGACACAAAUUGAACUAGUUUACCUUGCAUCACACCAGUUAAUUUGUCAUCAAAGGGGACCAGACUGACACAUGUAUCAAUGCUCAUUAUGAGGAUCGUGGGUUUGCAGGGACCAAAAAUCAAUCUGUUCCCUGUGGGAAUUUGGAUAUUGUUCUUGAGGCUGCUUAUCACUCUGCUUUAUUCGAUUUGUAUUUUUCCCUCCCAUGUGGGCAAAACCUUGCAAAUUGUACUUCCAUAUACAGCUUUGCAUUGCAGAGCAAAUGUGCUGGUAAACCUGUGACUAUUAUACUGUAUUUAUGUUGUUUCAACUUUUUAAUGCAGAAAUUUGUGUAUUGUUUCUUUGAAUCCUUUUGGUAUAAAGGUCUGGAAGUGGGGCAGUAAAGGUGCGGAGAGGAGAAAUGCUUUUAAAUGUAAUCUUCGCCAGAAUAUUAACAUUCCACUUACAGAUGGCUAUUGGCAGGCGAUAGCCAUUGAUCAAAGAAACCUCCUGCCACCCUCCCGGUGAUGGAGGAGUCACGGAAUGAAGAUGACUGGCUAAAGAGAUGAGGAAAAAUUCUCCUUAUCCUUAGUGUUUGGGUCUGGAAAUCACUGCCAUAUGCAGUGCAGGAGGCAGUUUUAAUUGUGGCAUUCAAAGAUCUGGAAAGAUUCUGAAAGGCAAGAAUUUGCAGCGACUAUGGGGAGCAGGUAGGGGAAAGGGACCAGCUUGAUUGCUCUUCCACAGAGCUGGUGAGGAUUGGGCAGGUUUAACAAACCACUGAAGCCUUUGACUGUGUUGGUGUAGCAGUCCAAUAUGCUGAAGGAUGAUGUUUGGAAAAUGUUUUCUCAGAUCACAUUUUCAAUAAUUAUGGUGGGUGCAAGCAAAUGCACCAGCAAGACCCAAGGUGAGGCUCCUCACCUCAUUUGCAACUGCAGAGAAUUUUCAGUGCAAUUAAAUGUACAAAUAUCAUCAUUUGCUUUGCACUUCUAACUAAACUUUAAAUGCUCAGAGGGCACACUUUUGUACAAACUUCAUCUUUAGUAAUAUAACACGGUCAAAUCUUAACCACAGCUGAUAAAAUCACUGUAACUUUCAGUUGUUUUUCCUAGCCUUUUGGGCUGACUCUUACUUCAUUCCUGUUCACCAGAAUCCACCUGAAUAGAAACACCAUCCAAAUUCAGGAAAAGUAAUGACCUUGUACCUUGUGCUGUCUCCACUUGUGGUUCUAUAGUGCCUUGUGCAGGACCUAUUUGGGCAAGUGUCAGAAUGCAGGUAACUGUACAUAAACUUUUUGCUUUUGACCAGUGUUUUGAAUAGGCACUGUAACAGGCUAAAGUCAGAGUCCAGUUUGAGGGAAAGAAAUCACAGGGCAGUGUGUGCACUUUGGGAGAUUUCUGUUCCAUGGCUCUGGAAUGUGAGAUUCAGCUGAAUGCAGAAAGUGCAGAAUCAGCUGCAGUCUUUGCAAAUGUAUCAAUUCACUGACUGAACUGUGAAUGCAAGAGAGACUAAAGUUUUAAUCUUAAACUUGUGGAUAACUGUGUCUAAUAAAACUAAGACCAUUAUUUAAAAAAAGGUAUAUUUCUUGCUUGGGCAUUAAUAAACUAUAUCUUAGA